UGUUGCCUUCCCACAAGGCUCCUUACCACAAAAUAUGGCUUAGACAAACCUUUUGUUCCUCCAGCUGGUUUAGGCUAUGUCUUAGAUGAUUUCACCAGCACAGAACUUGCUGCCCUCUACAACCUGAACUUCUCAGCAGUCCAAAAAGUCACAACAUAUCAAUUUAAACAUGGGGAUUCUGAGCAACUUACUGAUCCUCCACAUACUCUGCAUUGCUUUGGUCUUUUCUCAAUAUGAAGACUAUGAUUUUGAGGAUGAAUAUGGUGGGGAGCCAGAUCCUCAACUUCCAUAUUACUUUAACCCAAACGCCCAAGCAGAAGUUCCUCGUUUUCCUUUUCCAGUUGAGUGUGCCAAAGAAUGCUUUUGUCCACCAGCUUUUCCCUUAUCCAUGUACUGCGAUCACCGGAAACUCAAGACAAUCCCAAACAUCCCCAGCCAUGUCCAACAACUUUAUCUGCAAAACAACAACAUUGAAGCUGUGCCUGCAGGACCAUUCACUAAUGUUACCUUCAUAAGGGAAAUUAACCUCAGCUACAACAACAUUAAAUUCCAUAUGAUUGACCACGGUGUUUUUGCCAAACUUUCACACUUAGUGCAACUUCAUUUACAACAUAAUGAAUUAGAAGAAUUUCCAUUCCCUCUGCCCAGCUCUCUAGAGAGACUCCUCCUUGGUUUUAACAAAAUUUCCCGGUUACCUGCAAAUGCACUGGAAGGAUUGCCCAACAUGACCACGCUUGACCUUUGCAAUAACUUACUUGACGACUCAGUAUUCAAAGAAAAACCCUUCUCAAACAUGAAAAAUUUAAUGCAGCUCAACUUAUGCAACAACAAAUUACAGACAAUGCCUCCUGACCUGCCACCAUCACUUCGGCAUCUUUCUCUUGAAAAUAACUCCAUUUCUCAUAUUCCAGAAAACUAUUUCCACAGACUUCCCCAUAUCAUUGCUCUAAGAAUGUCCCACAAUAACCUGCAGGACAUUUCACCCAACACCUUUAAUCUACCCAACCUUUUAGAACUUAAUCUUGGACAUAACAAAUUGAAACAAGUAUUCUACAUUCCAAGAAGUCUGCAGCAUUUGUACAUUGAAGACAAUGAAAUUGAAAACAUCAAUGUUACUGUGAUGUGUCCAACUCUGGACCCACUGAACAUCAAGCAGUUAACCUACAUACGCGUGGACCAGAACAAGCUCACAAGCCCCAUCAGCACCUACGCCUUCUUCUGCUUCCCUCUCAUCAGAACCAUUUAUUAUGGAGAGCAAAAUGUCACUGUCAGCAGGCCAAGCCAGCUCAGAACACCGGUGUUCCGGCGCUUUCUAACACCAGAGGAAUUCCAGGAAGCAGAAGACAAUCAUGAAACGCUCAAUCAAGAAACCGAAGAAGGUCAUGAAACAGAAGACAGCUAUUUUCAUCCUUACUAUCACUGAAGUAAUAAUUGUUAAUAAGUAUAUGUGGAAACCUCUCAUUAGUCUGGGUCAUUCAUAUCUGUCCUAGAGCAACUGGGCAGUUUGGGAUAUUCAAGAUGCAUUUAUAAAGUGGAGAUAGGAGUUUAAAGUAGGUAAAUGUCCUAUUAUUGGUGUUGUAAAAAACAGCAUUAGGAACAAAAACCACUCAUCUGAGCAUUAGAUAAAGGUCUGACACAUAACCUGGGUUGAUGAUGGGCUCACCUUUGAGCGAGCAGCCAAAGAAAAAAAAAAAAGACUUGAAAUUCUGUUCUAAAGUGAUCUAAUUGCAAAAUGAUUAAAAUUUAAAUCAGUGCCACAAUUCAAUAGGAACAAGUGAUUAAGGCAAAAAAUGCAUCCAGCUCUACAUCCUACUGCUGACAGCAGUAGGAGAGAUGCACUAGAGAAAAGGACAAGAGAUUGAGAUUGCAAAAUAUCUCCACAAGGUUCCUCCAGAAAUACAGAUAUUUCUUCUUCUAAUCUCUAACUGAACGAGGACAUCACAAACACAGAGCUUCAAACCUUUCCAUAUUAUGUUUCAAGUGUCCUGACAAGCUGUAUUAUAAUAUUCACUGGAUGUCCUUUAACUAUCAAGGUCUUUCAAAGGAGAUUUCAGCUUAUUACUAACACAGGCAAUAAACAAUCUUUCACCAAGCUGCUGGGAUCUAGGGAGCAGCAUGUACAUUAACACAACUGAACCAUUAGCAUUUAUAUUUUUCCUUUGCUUCAGCCCAUGUUAUUGUAGAACACGCAUAGAAAUAUAAUGUAAUCUUUGAAUUUAGAAUUAUUCAUCAAGUAGGACAGGUACAAAGAAAAGCAUUGCAGGCUUUUUAAACUAUUAAUUUAACUACUAAUUUAUCCCUCUGCACAGCUAAUACAAAUUAGCUGUAUUCUGCUUCAAAGUACAAUCAACAUUGCUUUAAGUAACCUGAAGAAAACUCUGAGCUAUGCAAAUUUUUUUUAUAGCUUAUGCCUAGAAACAGAUCCAGAUAACUACAGGAGAAGAUAACACUAUAGAGCACUUUAUUGUCUUUUUAAAUCACUUUAUUUUUCAGCACUUUUUCCUUGAUAGAGCUUUACUAUCUGUGAGGGAAAAAAAAUCUCUGUUUUCAACAGCAAAAUGAAGUGAUAGAUCCAUAUACCAUACUACCAACUUUGCAUAAUUUUAUGUAGUCUUUUCAGUUGUCCAAUGCUUAAAGUACAAUGUAAUCAGAUUUCUAUUAGGAUUUAAGAAGCUAGGCAGGUUUCAUUUUUUAUCUUAGAAUUUUGGUUAUUUUUUUAGGCCCAUAUUCAUAUUUAUGGUUUCUGAUGUAUCAACUGAAAUAUUAAGAAAAUUAAAAUACUUAAUUAUUUCUUUUUGAGAGAAAGAUUUAUUGUAAAGCUAUGAAUAUAAAACUUCAAGAAUAUAUAUAUUUAGACUUUAAGGACUUUUAGUCCUUUUAAGGACAACUGGUUGUAAGAAUUUGUGUACAAAAUUUAUUCUAUUGUUAUUAAUGUGCGGAUUUUCAGCCAACUAACUCAAGAAAUCUGCUCCUCUCUCCUUCCUGUUUUUCUUAUCUGCAUUCUAACCAGAUUCAGUAUUCAUAGCAAGCUAUUUUAUGGUCACCUCACAAAUUCACAGUGCUACACAAAUUCACACAUGCUACAGAAUGUCUGCUUUAAAAAAAAAAUAAAAUUAUUAACAUUUCUCACACUCAAACACCUCUGGGUUUCUGAUAAAAGAACACAUGCAUGUAUUCAUUCCUUAAGUACUCAAUAUCAUUUAUGUACACUAUAUACAAUAAUUUAGAUAUAUCUAUAACUUUAUUGCUUUAUUAAUACAUGUAGUAUAUUAACCUUUCAACUAUUUCAGAUUUUAAGUGAAUGGUGCACAAAAUGCAAAUCUAAAAUAAGAGGCUUUUUUGAAAGGCUUGCUCAGCUUUAAAAAUAAAAGAACACUAUCCUGCUAUAGUAUGAAUAUUACAUCUUUUAUCACAAACUUUCUGCUUUUUAAAGACAUCUAUGAAACAAAGCUUAGCUUUAAAGUAGAAGUCAAAACAUUGAUGUUAUAUACACUUCUCAAAGUCAAACUGGAAAUUAUUGAAAACUUCAGAGCUGCCUUAUUACACUUGACUCAUUUAGGCGGAACAUGAAAUUUGUAUUACAAGCAGAACUAUUAUAACUCACUUUUCUUUCAAUUAAUAUUAUCAUAUAAUCUGUAGCACAGAGGACACUUACUCCAGAAAGGCUUUUACAGUGGACAGAGAACUAAAGACUUGGUAGCCUUAGAGGAAUGAGAAUUAUAAUAAAGUACUGGAUUAAUGGAUAUCUAGCUGGGUGAAAUUUGCUCUGGUAACACAGGGGAUACUGUCUGUAAAAGUCAUGAUGUUUUUGCCUUCCAAAUAUCUUGGAGUUCUCUGGGAAUCAUGAAGGAUACGGAAAAGGGAGAUCCUGGUCCAAACAGCCUACAAAAAUUUGUAAAGGUUUUUAAGGAAAUUAAAUUGCCACAGAUUAAAAGGCAACAUCACAAACAAAAAUAAAAUAA